AAGUUUGUUAAUUGAAUGGAUAGAGUAUUGUUCUGCCGCAGUUUCUAGGUAUAUCUUGAGUCAUUGAUUACCAGAUUUCACCAUGGGGGGAGCUUGUUCUAGGAAGAGAAACCAUCGAGAUGAUGAAGAUAAUUUUCCUAGAGGGAUUCCCAGAAGAUAUUCAAAAAGUGGGAGUUCAAAGUGCUUGGCAACCGCCUUCUCUCGACCUGCUACAGAUAUUCAACAUGAAAAAGGGCAAUGCCCAUCCCUCAUGGACUUCUACGUACGGCAAAUAUGUGAGUGUGCAAGUGCCAAGGAACUGCUAAAGCACUGCUUUAUUAGGACUGCUAGGAAGAGUCCAAGACUUCUUGAGAGAAUAAGGAUUUUUGGGUGUGAGAACUCUAGCUGGAGAACAAGAGGAUGAUGGACAGUUCUAUUAGAGAAACAGAGAGGACAAACCUUUUGAGGGCAUGAGAAGAACUGGUUUG